UACGGUGUGGUCCUCGCCGCAAUUCUCCACAAAGACGUUCCUCGUCGAGACUCUAAGAGGUAAUCCCAUCGCAACCCAUUCACAAUCCCAUCUACAUCUGCUGCCCGUCCGCCCGCCUCCCAGCGCGGUCCGUCCACUCGCCCUACCGCACGCCGUCCCUCUCCAUCACAACCCAGCUCCGUCACACUCCCUCCCUACCCAGCGCCGUGCGCGCCCGGCCUAGCAUCCGCCGCCGUCGCUCCUAGACACCAAACCGGAUCGGAUCGGAUCGGAUCGCCGCAGGGAUGUUCUCCGAUGAGACCAGCAUGCUCCUGGACCUUGACGUGAAGACCUUAGAACCCCUGCGCGCCCCUGGUAGAUGCUCAGCUGCAGGAGGGAGGCGCAGGUUGCCCCGUCGUCGCAGGCCUUGACCUCCUGUUCAGUAAAAAAAAAAAACUGAUGCGGCGCGCAGGCGAUGAGCAAUGGUGAGCCUGCCAGUAGGUUUUGCCAUGUUGAUUACCAUGUGCAUUACCAUGUGGAUUACCAUGUGCAUUCCAGGUUUUGCAUUACCAGUAGGUGCAUCUCUAAUCUGAUCUGCUGGGUUUUUGUUUUGUAUUGUAUACAUCAGAUGUUUGGAACUGUUGAUGGCCUGCUUGUAUAUAGCUCAAAUUCGCUCAAUCAACCAGAGCUAGUGGAACCGUUAUUUAGCAAUCUCGACCAAAAGAUGAAUUCAUAUGGACCAAUUAUUAUCGAAUUUACCAAUAUGCUUCAUGACUGGUUGUCUUAAUUCUACAUCGUGUGCUAUUGAUCCCAAAAGUUUGUUCCCGUGCGAAACCUGCUAGUUUUUUUUGUUAACUUUGUAUUAUUUUUGCGCUUUGAUACACAGGUCGUCGCCAGUAAGCUCAAUGAUUAUUUAUCAAGUUCUGUGGUCAAAAGUGAAUAGACAAAAAAAAACCCCUUCCAUUUUGCUUUCAGUUGUGAUGAUUCUUGUUCAUUGAUAAAUGUGAUUAUCAUCAUAUUAUUAAUUAAUCUCCAGAAUUUUAUGAUCUUGUAACAAGAUGGCUGGUGACAGUAGGACUUUUGUUUUUCACUGUGAGGGGAAACCUGCAGGAGAAGAAUUCUUCCAGACGGAAGUGGAUAGGGGUGAUAUCUGCUAUUAUAACCUUAUUCUAUUGAUUGAGAAACUUGGGUAUGUAGCGAUGGACUUUUUGUACUACAAGAAGAGAGGUAGGAGUGAGGUGGCUAGUCUGCAGCUGAUAGACUAUCAUGAUGAUGUGGAGAGAAUGAUAAGAGAUAAUGAGAGCGAGAAGAAGGUUCGAUUUGUAUUGUCGAAGGAACAACUAAUGGAGCUGAAAGUUAGCAUAUCGCCCAUCAAACGCUCCGGGGAACAACCAGUUAGAGAGGAAACAAUCAAUGCAUACAAGGACUGGCUGAAGGAGCAAGAACCAGCAAUGGGAUGGAAUGAUUUGAGUGGAGCACACGGUGCUAUGCAAUGCAUGGACAAGUCAAGCAAUUUAAAAGUAGAGAACAAGCAAUCCCCAUGUUCCCAAGAAUAGUGUUAAUGCUGUGAUGAGAGUCUUAAAAACU